AUGGACUUUGCCAAAUUAUACAUGCCAUUUAUUGACAGGUUUCUUGACUGUCUUCAGUCAUCACAAUCAAAUAAGCAGCAAUCUGAUUUUAGGACAUUUCUUGUAUCUUCAAUAUCGAAUAUUUCUGGUUCGACCAAUGAUUUCACUCCACAGAUUGUAGAUUUUGUUCAGUCCCUUCAUUUACUUCCACUCUUUAAAGCAGACUGUUCAGAUCAUCUCCGUCAAUUGAUAAUUGAUCUUCUUCACCACUCAUCUCCCCGCCUUACUUCCUUUAUAGUUGUUCUUCUUACCAAAAUUCUCGAGGCUUCUCCUCUCAAUAGGUUUUAUGUCUAUUCGCACAGUUUUAUAAGGCUUCUUGUCAGCGAACUUUUAAACAGGAAGGUGAAUGAAUUGAAUCAUCUACAACAGGUAUAUGCUGCACUAACUGAAUUGUUAGUAUAUCUUUCUGAGCUUGGAAUUCCUUCUGAUCAGAUUGCUGAUAUAUAUUCAUCCAGCUUGGAGUCCUCUUCAUCUUUGGAUCUUUUAUCAAGGAUUUUUGGAAGAAGCUGUAAUGGAUACAAGUCUAUUAUUCUAUCGGACAAAGAAUCAAUUGAUUUUAACUUGCUUCCAACAAAAGGUGCCGCUUUUUCUAAUGGAUUUACUAUUUCAUCCUGGUUACAGCUUCAUUCCGGUUAUUGCAAUGUUGAUAAUCAAGAUAUUGAUACAUUUGAAUGGCUCGAACUAAAUUCUGUUGAUGGCAAGCAACGUGUUCUUUUGGAAUUUGAUGAUGCCAGUUUGAAACUUCAAAUCAAGGACCCUUCAUCAUUUGUCUUUCACAUCUGUAAAUUUGGAUCUUUUGAUUUUCAGUUGGGAAGAUUGUAUAACAUAUGUGUUAUACUACAUCCUCUGGAUCGCAAAUCUUCUUCUAUGGUUGAUCUAUAUGUAGAUGGAGAGUUUAUUCAAUCAGAAAGCAUUCAAUUUACUUGUCAAGAUUCGAUUUCUCGACUCGGAAGAUCUAUCUCAGGAUCUUUUUCCUCAAGGGAUUCUAAUAUAAAUGUGAAGCUCAUUGGCUCUGGCCAUACAGAUAAUGUCAUUCCAGAGUUUGCAAAUUUAUUACUUAUGAGUGGAUGCCAAAAAGUGGAAUGGGUUUUGUUGUGUUAUUACUUGGGUCCUAAUUAUCCUGGAUCCUAUCAGGAUACAAACAUUCUUUCUCUGUUGAACCCAAGGUCCAAGAUAGAGAUGGAAAUUAAGCUAUUAGAGAUUAUAGAAAAGCCGGGCGUUUUGCUUUCGGCAGAUUUGAAUGUUGACCUACAGCUGAUUCUCAAUAACUUGUUGGAUAUUGAUGAUCUAGUCUUGAACUUCCAUUGUAUGAACUUAAAUGCAGGUAAUGAAACAUUAAGUGCUAUUGUAAAGACGAUUCACGAAAAUGAUUAUAUUUUAUCAUUAGAUAUUAAACAUGAAUUGAUAUUCUGGAGUCCAGUUUCGAUUGUGAGUAAUAUUUUUGCAAUUGGGGGAUUUGGACUAUUCCUGAGAAUAAUUUCUGAAUCAAGCACUUCAUGUGAUCUAAACAAAGCAUUGGGAAUGCUUUUCUCUUUUCUGGAUAUCAGCCCCGAAUCAUUAUCCGAGUUCGAAUCAAAUUCUGGUUAUAAUAUUUUAGCUACAUUGUUAAAGGCGAAGAAGUCAUUAAUAGACAUGGAUACCCUCAUGUCUGUGUUGAAAUUUGUUGGGUAUAAUCAGAACUCACCUGAUGAUUCUUUUAUCGCAAAUGGAUUGGCUUACCAAACUUUAAUUGUGGAUUUUGAGAUAUGGCAACCACAAGUGAUCGAUGGUGUUGUUAAUAAAGUUACAAAGGAUACAUUCAAGUUUGUUCUUUUCCAAUUAUCUGUGUUUGGUGAUGCCAGUAAGUACUGUGCUUACAAUCUGGGAAAGUUAAUGGAGCUCGAUAUAGUCAGAAAGAUUAUACAAGAGCUUAAGUAUAAGUUGGUGGAUAAAGAUUUGCUUCCAAUUCUUAAGAAUUCCCUGGAGAUUCUUGUGAUGCACAAUCCAUCUGGAGAUGUUAUCCGUUUGAUUUCCUUGUACGUGAUAUAUGCUUUGAAUCAUUCAAAAUCUACUGAAUUGGAACAUGAAUAUGGUAUUUCUAUGUUGGACAUCAUAAUGACAAUAGUUAAUGAUCCAACUGAUCGCAACCACUCAAAAAACUUCAGACACAUUUUAAGAUGCGUCAAUGCGAAAUGGAUUAUGAUUUUACUGGAUGACUCAGAUAUAAAGGUGGUUAAAAUGGCACUCAGAUUGCUGCUAAAAAUUCUUUUGCUUUUGGGUUCACACACAAGAGAAGUUUUCAGCAGAAGUGGUGGAUUAGUUAUGAUGAGAUUAUGUCUUAGUAAGGAUUGGAAAUAUGCUAAUGAUAUCAUGAUUCCUCUUUUUUCAGCAAUGUUUGGCAUGACCCAAUUGAGAAAUUCUGUAAAUGCAAAUGUCAAGGGUUUUUUGCUAUCUAUUUGCCAAAAGAACAAAGGAUCGAUGGGAUCAGUAAUUCCUGGUCUUACUUUUGUGCUGAAUGGAAUGAUGAAUUCUUGCAUCGCAUGA